ACAACCAAUCUCGCACCACCAUGCCCGCCCGGACCUCGCUCCAACGGCUUGAUUUCAACGACAAGCUUGUUCAAUCAGGCAAGAAGGAGACCGCUGAGGUGACUCUCAAGCGAUUGAAGACUCUCCAUCAAAAACUUUCAACGCUCGAGCAAGACCUGACUGACAAGAAGUCUCUGGACCCGAUAUGCAGACCGUUGAUACAUAAUACGAUCCUACAUCAUAAAGAUCGCGGUGUGAAGGCGUACGCAGCGUGCUGUCUGGCGGAUUUAUUGAGAUUAUACGCACCGGAUGCGCCGUACAAUGAACGGGAGCUGAGGGACAUCUUUCAAUUCUUCUACCACCAACUCAAGGACAACUUCCACACUCCACCCGCUCCUCUCGGAGCCUCUCGUCGCGCCAAUGAUGCCUCUCAAUCGUCAACACCCGGCGCCGCAUCUCAACGCAUCACCGAUAUCGCCUACUACACCGAAUACGUCUAUCUCAUAGAAAGUCUCGCCACCAUCAAAUCCGUCGUCCUCGCUUGCGAUGCUGCAAAUGGUGACGAUAUUGUUCACGGCUUUUUCGAGACCUUUGUCCAGAUCGUACGCCCCGACAUGAGCAAAGGCCUCAUACGGCACCUCGUCACUAUCCUCUCGGUGGUUAUUGAAGAGGGCGGUGCCGUGCCACCCGACGUCAUGAGCAUCAUCAUUGAACAGUUCGAGUCCAAGACUCAGCCAGACGCCGCUUUUCAGCUCAUCAUUGACGUCUGCAAUGCGACUUCGGAUAAGCUUCAACGUCCUGUCCUCGCACACUUUACCGAGAUUCAGAUGAAGCAUGGUCGGGACCCAUCAAACGAAGACGCCAAGAUUCUCGCCUUGUCACACAAGCUCAUUCUCACCAUGUAUCGCCACGCACCAGGCCUGUUGCUCAAUGUCAUUCCUGUGCUCGAAGAGAACCUCCGAGCCGCCGAACAAGUACCUUUGAGGGCGAUCUCAACACGUACACUGGGUAAAAUGUUCGGCGAACGACCUGUGGUCGGAAAUGGUACAGCGGAUCUUGCUCGCGCGUACCCUUCCGCAUGGCGAGCAUGGCUCGGUCGACGUCUUGACAAAGCUGUCAACGUUCGUCUCGCCUGGGUCGAGUCGUCUCGUGUGGUCCUCACAAAUCAUCCUGAACUGAGGCAGGAGAUCCAACCUUUCCUCGUGGAUCGGAUCGAAGAUUCAAGUGAUUUGGUCCGGAGUGUCAUCUGCAAAGUCAUCUGCGCUCUGGACUACGAGACUGCCUUGCAUCAGAUCAAUGAGGCUACUCUCCGGGCUGUAGGAUCACGUAUGAGCGACAAGAAAUCCAAUGUUCGCGCCGAGGCCAUCACCGGUCUUGCCAAACUGUGGUCCGCAGCGUACUCCGAAAUUGAAUCUGGUGGACUUGCCGAAGACCAAUUCGGUUGGAUCCCCGAAACCAUGUUGCACUGCUUGCAACGUGAUGUCUCUGUGGACAUGCGUGCUCAGAUGACCACUGCCUUCAAGGAGCAUAUCCUUCCCCUCGGAGAGGAUUCUUGGGUUGACCGUCUCAUGCUUGUGGCUACUCGCCUCGAUGACGCCGCAUUCAAGGCGUUGGAAAAGAUGACUGGUCUGCGAGGGUACGCGAAGGGAGCGUCGCCGUAUCGCGCAUUUGUCGAUUUGUGCGAGGCAAACAACGGCGGAAUCAUUGACCAGGACGCGGAGGAGAUCAAAUCACGUCUCGCAUUCGUGAUUGAUGCCAUGGCUACUCAGCUUUUCCCCGAUCCUUCAAAGGCCAGGAAGGAUCUGGAGCAGUUUGCAGCCGCGAACGAAGCGCGCCUGUAUAAAUUGUUCAAGGCUUGCGUCGACCCACAAUCUGAUCUCAAGACGCUUACAAAGGCUCGAAACGAGUUCAUCCGACGGAUCGAGCAAUCUCAUUCUGAUCUCCUCGACACAUGUACCAUUCUGCUCCACCAUGCCUGCUUCGACAUCGUCAACCCAUCUAGCAUCUCGCCAUUGCUGAAAAUCAUGUCCAAACCGAAUGCGCCUCCCGCCGCCUCGCGACUGCUUACCCUGAUGGCCAAGGAAUGCGCCAUCAUGUGCCGAGCCCACGUGGCAGAACUCGGUGUCGCGAUGACCGACAAGCGGUUGUCCGAAGUGGCUCUCCAGGCCCUAGCAGCUUUAGCCAAGGUGGAUGGGGCCACCAUGGAUGCGGGGAGGCUCGUCCCCAAGGCAACAAAGAUCGUCAUCGAAGGCACAUCUCGGCAGAGCAAAUUCGCUGCGCGGCUCGUGUCCUAUCUCGGUUCGACCGAAGCUAUCGGCGAGAUCAUCAAGACACUCGCGAAAUCUCUCCCUGAUCUCUCGCCCGCUCGCCUGAUCCCUGCCCUCUGUGCCUUGUCUGAGUUCGCCCUGUCGUCCCCAGCUCAAUUUGAACUGCGAUCCUCAGAGAUACACGAGUUCGUCCUGGAACUAAUUCAUCGACACCUUGGAUCAGAAAACUCCGACGCUUGGGUCGACGCAUCCGAUCUACCGGAACCCGACCAAGCCAAACUGAUCGCUCUCCGCGUUAUCACCCAUAGAGUGCUCGGAUUUGCUCGCGCAUCCAACGCUCUCGAAAUUGCGACACCUGUGCUCGACCUUCUCGACACAAUUCUCGCGAAUGAUGGUCUCAUCAGCGGUGAAAGCUCGACCACUCGCGCGCACUUGCGUCUCCGAGCAUCACUUUGCGCCCUUAAACUCGCCAACGUGAAGGUCUUCGACAAGGCCAUGGGCAAAAUCUUAGAACGAAUCGCAUGGGUUAUCAAAGACCCGAUAUACCACGUGCGACACCUUCUCCUUCUCAAGCUGGCCUCAAUACUUCCCAUUCAACGGCUUCUGCCUCGAUGGAACGUUCUUCCCGUCAUGAUUGCUCUCGACCCAAGCAGAGAGAACAUCCAUAUGGCGAAAAGCGUGAUGUCUUCCGUCGUCAAGGCGUGCCGUCACUUCAGCAAGGAGGAAAAAGUCGAUCGUAUUGAGAUGCCCCUGGCUCGAUUAGUCUGGCUCUUGGCGUCCGAUGGUGACAAUGACUGGACCCUGGCAGAUGUCAGGGACUUUGCAAGAUACUUUGAGCUGUUCUUCGACUGUGUCGUAAAUCGAGAUAACAUCGGUUUGGUCUUCCAGCUCGCUGGCAAGAUCAAGUCUUUGAAGUCCACGACUGGUGGCUCAGAUACAACACUGUACAAACUCUCUGAACUUGCUCAAAUCGUCAUUCGCAAUCGUGGAAAUGCCAAUCAUUGGACCAUUCCGUCCUAUUCUGGUGCUAUCCGCUUCCCAAGAGACAUCUUCCACAAUCUGCCGAAUCAAGAUGCUGUACUGGAAAACACCAAGAAGAGCUAUCUGACAAGUGAGGAGGCGAAUUGGGCAAACAACCUCGGUAGGAAGACGGUCUCACGCGAAUCCCCCAAGAAGACCGAGAGAAAGGUGUCAAAGAAGCGGGCGAGAAAAGCUGAGAGUGCCAGCGACUCAGAGUCGUCCGGUCUAUCAGAGGCCGAAGAGGAGAGCGCAGCCUCCGAAGCGGAGGCAGAGCCUGACUCGGGGGUUAUGGGUCGUGGGGGACGACGCAAUGCAAAGUCCGCGGCGAAACGAGGUCUUAAGACGAAGACAAAAAAGCCCAAGCCGGACACCGAGUCGUCGUCCGAACUCAGCGAGCUGGAUGAAUAGACGUAAUUCCCAUAU